UAGUGCUAUCAGCUCGUCAGUGUGUUGAGGUGUUUGUCUUGAUUUAGGUUAUAAAAAAUAAUGAAAAGCAAGAGUAUUUUGGUGACAACUACGAAGUGAAAUGCUCACAAGACAUUUGGUGACAAGAUUUUCAGCUGAAUUCCCAUUUGACUACAUUAGCCAGCAUCCACAAGAUUCAUCACACCUUGCACAGGCUGGUAAAUAUAUGUUAUCGAACCUGACAGAAGACGUUGGACAGGAUAGCCACCCAUCAGCUUGCUGCUCCAGAGCCAUGCCUCCUAGGAAAAAGAGGAGACCUUCUUCUGGAGAUGACAUGUUGGCCAAAAAAAGUCGCCCAGAUAGUGUUUUCAGAAAACAUGAAACAUCACAAAUUCGAGAGGAGGAGACAUUUUCCAGCAAAAGAUGCUUGGAGUGGUUUUAUGAAUACGCAGGUUGUGACGAUGUAGUGGGUCCAGAGGGCAUGGAGAAGUUUUGUGAAGACAUUGGAGUCGAGCCAGAGAAUGUGGUGAUGCUGGUUCUUGCUUGGAAGCUGGAUGCCCAGAGUAUGGGAUAUUUCACUCUGCAGGAGUGGCUUAGAGGCAUGGGCUCACUGCAGUGCGACUCCACAGAACGGCUGAGGAACUCACUCGACUAUCUGAGAUCUGUCCUAAAUGACAGUACCAGUUUUAAGCUCAUUUACAGAUAUGCCUUUGAUUUUGCUCGGGAAAAAGAUCAGAGGAGUUUGGACUUGAACACAGCCAAGUGCAUGCUGGGGCUACUUCUGGGAAAGACAUGGCCUCUGUUUCCAGUGUUUAAUCAGUUUUUAGAGCAAUCCAAGUACAAAGUCAUCAACAAAGACCAAUGGUGCAAUGUUUUAGAGUUCAGCAGGACAAUCAACCUGGACCUCAGUAACUACGAUGAGGACGGUGCCUGGCCAGUUUUGCUGGACGAGUUUGUGGAAUGGUACAAGGAAAGACAGAUGUCAUAGCUACAGAAGGAAAAUGGGAGAAAUAUUACAACUGUGACCACAACAACUCUAGAGUAUCAACAACUAAUACGUAAACAACACAACAAUGGUAAAGCAGUGACAAGUGGGUGCUUCCUGGUAAAGGAGGGGUUCGGGCUAUGGGUGGGCGAGGGUGGGAGAUGGGUGUUAGCUGCCCCGACUGUUGGGGCGGAGGGCUGCCAUUGUGGAGUUACCCUCCCUACUGAAGUUGCAUAGUAGAUAGGUUUGCAGCAAUUCCUGCUGUGACAUGUCAUAUUGCUCUUUUUGUUAGGAUGGAAACUAAACGGUGUGUGUGGAGAGCCACUUCUCACUUCUCUUCAGCACAGAGAAACCAACAGAAGUGACCAUUCCUGCUUUGUGUUUGAGUCUUAAACAAGGUCAUUUGGACCUGGGCACACUUAAGUAUUAUAUACCUGUGCAAUGAACUUGAACUUGAGCUUCUCUGGACAGGUGGCACUAAUUGUUAUUUUUUUUUAGUUUGGUAGUACUUCAAGAAGCACACUGUGUCAAAGGGUUGAUUGCAGGUGUUUGAUGCCUGUGCUGUUUACUCUCAGUAUGUGCCAGUUAUUUCUUUCCCUCUACGUUUUGCUCCAUUUUGCUGUUUAGCUUAUGCUAAUCAUUUACUGCCCCCCCUCCCUCCCUCUGCAAAGGCUUCAGACCUCAUAACACCAAACAAAUCAGCAUUGCUGCUUAUUAACUCUUAUUACAGUACAGCGGGGAGCCACUAGUGCUCUGAUCAGCAUUUAUUGGUCUUGAUGACCAAUUUAUGUAUCUACGUUGUGUAGGUAAGAGUAUUAUCGUGCCUCAAAAUAUGGAAGUCUCUUUGUGUGUCCCACACACAUACCAACAAACCCAAAUGUAUAUACACAAGUGAGGAUGCAUCUAAGACAUGCACACAGACACACAAGUGGUCAGGGAUUAUUUCAGGAUGAAUUCAGACUGUUUGGGCUGUGUUAUAAGUUGACAUAGAGCUAGAUGGUGUCCAUUUUGUCUUGGUUUGUGGCAUAUGUUUUGUCUUCCCUAGCCCACAGGUAGUUUCAGGUCUCCUCUUACCAGUAGCAUCUCUCCCAACACUGACAGUGUUAAUAUAACUGCAGUGCAACACCAGAGACCUUCUGAGGAUGACGUCCUUUAGGCUAGUAAGGUAGGUUUUCUGAAAGGGUUUCUCUGUACCACCUGUAGGACGUAAUCAAAACAGUGGGCACUGAAAGUUUGGAACUGUGUGAUGAUGCUAUGCCGUUCUGUUUGCCUAUUGUAAUGUUCUUGUAACACAUGAAUAAAUUUUUGUCUUUGGCUGUGAUGUGAUACUGAACUGUCAGAAGAUUUACUAUUUGCAUGCAUGCUCCAACAGAGCCUUUUGUGAAUGGAUGAGAUUUUUUGAAAACAUUUUUCAAACAUUUUUUUUUUUGUACAGGAAUUUGUGCACAUGUUUUUUGUGCUUAGUUUGACACACACAAUCAUACUGUUUUAUUUUUUUUAAUGAAAAAGCAUGAUUGUGUCGACCUAGACCUGGAACACACCUGUAACCUCAUGACGGAACAGGAGUUCCCUCCUGCAUUAAUCCCAUCUUAACUGUCUUUAUACAGAGUCAACAUUUUUACCUUUCUUUAUACAGCAAGCUGCAGCCAGCAUGUGGAGGAUUGUUUAUUCAUUUAAGUACACAAAAGCUUUGUUUUGCAGUUAUGCCCAUUAUCACCGUCACAGUGCACUAAAGCAGUGCACUGCACUACAGUUAAAAUCAGUUGUGAAGAUGGUCUUCACGCUCGUUAAUCAAAAUCAGCAUUAAACCGUUAAGGUUGAAGUAGUUGUUGGAUAGCUUACCAAAUACUGUGCAGAGAUUAGUGUUUUAAGAUUCUUCCAUAAAAAAUGCAGGAGGAUGAACAGCCUUGUCCAAACUGUACAUAUGUAUGUAAACUGUCUAUAUGUCUGUUUUCACUAUAACCUAUGUCUAUACACAUAAAUAAAAGGGUUUAUUAACUUA